AUGGAUGAAUCACUAGCUCCCUAUAUGCUGUGGACUGAGAAGGACCGUCUAGAAGGUGCUCCAGUUCUGACUGCAAAAGUUGCAUGCGCACCAACUGCUCCCUUGAGAGAAGGUAAGGUCAGUUUUGUAUUCAUUCUGUCCGUUGCUUCCUUCAUCCCUCAGAUACACCAUGUGUGGCGGGGUACCGACGCCAGAGGGAUCUCGCCUGUCUACCUUCUAUUCAGUCUGAUAUGCGCCACGGAGCAUGUCUUUUUCGGAUUCUUUUACAUGGUCAAUAUGCGUAGCGUACCCGGACUUUGGAGCCAUAAUCCCAUAAACAUUCUUGACUGGAUCAACUUCGUCCAGCUGACGAGUGUAUGGGUUUUAUUCAACGUUCUGUUCUUUCUAUGUCUCUAUUUUAACCCUGUCCUCCGACCCCGAAAAGCUAUAAUCAUAGAUAUCUACCUCAUCUUUUUGUCUGUCUCCCUCGUGCCUCUCAUAAUUGACGCCACGACAGAUAUUUUCUGUCCGCCGGGGCGGCCAAAUUGUUCUGCAAUGGACCGCGAUCCCCUCGCUUUCUUCGAGGGUUUCCAUAACUUUUACCUCUUGCCCAUAAUCACUACGCUGCUAAUUCUAGGCUUUUACGAACAAGUUCGACAACCUCCACGUAAUCUAAGUAUUAUUGGACUCAAGCUCCAAGCAGCGAUAUUCGCGCUUUCAGCUGUUUCCUGGAUUUUGAGACUUUACUUCCUAUGGAAGACGUUUCUCGAACAGCCGCGGGGACCUGUACCCAUAUACUUGGUUAUUCCUUCUUGGUGGCAGCAGGUGGGGUUCGUGGCUGGCGACGACGCGAUCUUUGCGGUUGGACAGGGUAUCCUGUUACGGCUGGCGUUACGACAGAGAAGGCGUGGUGAAGCAUCCGAUGCGGAGAGACAGCCGUUGUUGGGUCAGGCUUAA